GCCAUUUGGUGAAUGGAAGAAGUUUGUUGAUCAAUUUGCAACACCCAUUCCUGCGUGUUUUGCUGCCGUGAAGAAGCCCGAAAUUUUCCAAUGUGCUAGCACCGUCGCCUAAAACGCUUUGCUUGCACAACGUUCUCUACACAACCCCACCAGCCGAAAAGUGCGACCACGGGCAGACAGGAAGUGGACGUGUGCAGGGUGCCCCAUUUCGCGCCCAGUCUAUGGUUGGUGCUGCGGCAGCACGGCACGGACGCAGCGGCGGGCGGAUGCAUUCUGUCUCGCACUGAAACCAAAACAACCCUAGCAACAGCAACGUCGCUAAACCCACACGGUGCAACUGCAUUUGGGCGUAACACAAAGUAUGGACAAUUGCCACAACUAUGCCACAACAUCGAAAAAGAAACGAAUCCCCAUCUCGGACGAUAUACACAUCAUAAUCAAAAAGUUCCGAGACAAGGACAAGCACGAUGAGAAGCCUUGUGCGUCUACGUCAGGCGACCAUGACUAUGACGACGAGCACAGCAUGGACUCGGAGGAGCUGCGACGCGUCCGGCACCAGGAACCGUCCUCCUCCUCCACGCUGGUCGGCAUCGCGUCGAACAGCAAUAGUAAUAGUACAACCUGCCCCAGCGGCAACGCGCUACAAACGGUCGGGGUGGCCAGCAACCACACGGUGCAGGUGCAGCUGCAGCCCCAGCAACACAUCAUAUCGCUAGGCCAGACGCACACCGGUCUGGUGGCGAGUAGCAGCAGCAGCAGCAGCAGCAAUGCCAACCUAGCAUGCCAAAGCAGCAGCAGCAGCCAGUCGGAGGACAUCAAACUCAUCCUUCGGAAGCUGUCCAACAUCGAGGAGCUGCUGAAGGUAGUUGCCGAACAGAGUCUAAGUCGUCUGACGACGAUAAAGCAAGAGACUGGCGCCACACUGCCGACUGCAUCCGGUGGACAGCUGACGGCGGUCGAGGCGAAUCAAGUAAUUCAGCAACACCAUCAUCAGCAACAACAGCCACAGCAGCAGCAGCACCAUCAGCAACAGCACCAGCAGCAAACGGUACCCCAGGGUGUGGAGCUUGAAUCGUGCUUCAAGUUCCCGAUCCGUACGCUCAAAGAGCUGAUCGAGCUGAACAAGAGCAUCUGCGGCGACGAGUCGCUGUACAACAAGCUGUUCGAGCAUCUCACCAAAAUAAGACUGGACUGUGACCAAAACAUCGUCAUCAACGCACUAACGUCGAUCGUCAGCGACGAGGUGCUGGAUGCGGUUACGUGGGACACCGGCAAAAAGUUUAAGCUUUCCUCGGUCGUGCUGUUUAGCGAUUCGCUGUACGUCGCUUGGUUUAAGGACAAGAUGAAGUACGACGAGUAUGUGACCGAGAUGAAGGAUGCCAUCGAACGGUCGCACAAGCGGCACGCGAAGGUUAAAACGAAACGAAACCAACAGACCAACAGCAGCCACCAGGCAUUGCAGCAGCAGCAGCAGCAGCAGCAGCAGACACAGUCACUGCAACCGAUCCUGCACUCGCCUUUGGGGACGAGCAACAGUGCCAGCACGACUGCCGUCGUCGGCGCUGCACCGCCCGGUACCGUCAGCUCGAUCAGCUGCGACAAUAGUGCAUUAAUUCUCAAGGUAGAUUCUCUCGAAUAGUAGUGAACCACGUGUGCGUACGGUGCAGCAUCCCAGGGCAGGGAGUGUAAACGGAACCAGAAUUUGUUUGGACACUCCCCCUAUCCCAUUCAUUACCCACCAUCCCCUUGCGGUGAUUGCGACACUCUGCACCUGUGUGUGUUUGUGUGUUUUUUUUUUAAUAAUGUUUGAUUGUGUUUCACAAAACUAUAAUCAGACAGCCUACGGCAAAUAGCAAAGCGUUGAUUAUUAAUUCUAUUUUCUCUAACAUUCAUUAUUGCACACACCAGCAACGAAAUGAUUCUGCCGGUGUGAGUGUGUGUGUACGAGAGAGAAAGAGAGAGAGAAAAUAUGAAUUUAGUUGCAAUGUAGUGGAUCACGGAUCUAAGGGCAAAGGAAAGCAAAGUAAGCUUAGAAGCGAUCAGUGUCGACAAAAGGAGUGUGCCACCAAGGUUGCCACGCGAAAUGGCAUCGGGAUCGAAGAAAUGAAACUCGGUUUCCCCUUUCAUAAAAUAUCUGCAGGGCGCGCUGCAAUAGUCAUAGAUUUGUUUUGUUUUGUUUUAGAUACGUACUGUUUGAAUGUUUUUUUUUCAUGACCCCCAUCAUAACACCCCCCCCCCCCCCACCCCCUCCCAUUUACAAGGUGUAGUAGAAACACAAAAAAACACGGGGAAAGGGACACAACAGGGAUACACAUUUGGAAUGAGCUAAGAACUAAAGCACUACGGCGGCCCUCUCUCGCCAUGCAACGGGCGGGAGAGGGAGCGGUACGUACACAAACUAAGUUUAACGUUUAGAAAUAUGAAACGCUGUAAAACAAAAUCUUACGAAUAAAACAAAGCAAGAAAGCACCACCCUCCCUGUUGUGUCUGACGGGAGCGAGCCUCGCAGCAGCGUUAAUCAAAGUAACCGUUGGAAUGGUGAGUGGAAACAGGUGAGAGGGACACACUUACGGGAAAAAAAUGAAGCUCAGCUUCGAGGCACGAUUUUGUAGGCGACCUGCCGAAUACUGGACGUAUCCGUUAAACUUCAUCCCACUGUCGUCCGGCACUCGAUUGUCGGCGUUCUGUUCGCGCUGGUUACCGUCCGAACCGGCAGAUGUGAGGAUUUUUCUUCAUUCCUGUUGCAUACUGCUUUUGAUCAACAGCAUAUCUUCGUUUGUCUGUCUGCUGGCACGACGAACCGUUCAGGAGCAGCAAUGGUUGCACUAUACGCUCAUCAUUUGGCAGAUCCACUGCCUGCUGGCGCAGUUAUACCUUUGGCAUGAAAUAUCGAAAUACCAUCAUUUAGCAGAGCUGGUAUAUCUGAUCCCAAUUUACCUUGCCCUGCUUCCGCUGGACACUUGCUAUUCGAUAGCAUUUCAUGGUGGUUUGAGCGCAGUUUUCAACAGCCUUUACCGGACAGCGUUUGUCGUUCAUCAUGCUGCCGUAUGGUUGAUGCCGCUGCUCGGCUUAACGUGUGCGGUCCACAGGGAGUAUGCUGAUUGUAUUUUUAUUUCCUAACUAAAUCUGCUUUACAACAACAA